UUUCUGUGUGCUGGCCCUUUAAGAGAUAGCCCUCCCAGUGCUGUUCCUGGGCGAUGGCUUUUAAAAAGCCUGAGCGCUCUAUUCCUAAAGCAUUGUGUGGCACAUCAGCUACAGAAGGUGCAGGAACCAUGAGCCGCAAAGUUGUGAGGUCCAGUAAGUUCCGCCAUGUCUACGGGCAACCGGUGAAGGCUGACCAAUGCUAUGAUGACAUCCGUGUUUCUCAAAUGACAUGGGAUGGAAACUUUUGCUCUGUCAACCCCCAGUUCUUAGCCAUCGUCGUGGAGGCCAGUGGUGGAGGAGCCUUCCUGGUCCUACCAUUGUCCAAGACUGGUCGCCUGGAUAAGGCCCACCCUGUGGUUUCGGGGCACACAGCUCCUGUGUUAGAUGUAGAAUGGUGCCCACACAAUGACCAUGUUAUUGCCAGUGCAUCCGAGGACUGCUCUGUUAUGGUCUGGUCGGUGCCUGAAGGUGGUCUUACAAGAUCUUUGAAUGAACCUGUGGUGACUCUCGAAGGCCACUCUAAAAGGGUGGGGAUUGUGACAUGGCACCCAACAGCCCAGAAUCUCCUGCUGAGUGCAGGCUGCGACAAUGUCGUAAAAGUCUGGGACGUGAGUGUUGGACAAGCGGCCAUUUCCUUGGAGGAGUUGCACCCAGAUGUCAUCUACAGUGCAGCUUGGAACCAGGACGGCUCUUUGCUCUGCACGGCUUGCCGGGAUAAGCACGUGCGGCUUUUCGACCCCCGGGCAGGGGGCACCGCUGCAAAUGAAUUGCCCCGUGCCCACGAGGGGUCUCGUCCUGUUCGGGCCACGACUGUGAAGGAUGGGAAGCUUUUUACAACAGGUUUCAGCCGCAUGAGCGAGCGACAGGUGGCCCUCUGGGAUUUGAGAAAUCCAGAGGAACCAUUGACUCUUCAGGAACUAGAUACAAGCAGUGGUGUGCUCUUGCCUUAUUAUGACCCAGACACCAAUGUGGUUUACCUGACUGGCAAGGGUGACAGCAGCAUCCGGUACUUCGAGCUGACCGGCGAAGCGCCCUAUGUGCACUAUUUAUCCAUGUUUACUUCCAAGGAGUCACAGCGAGGAGGGGGAUGGAUGCCCAAACGAGGGCUGGAUGUCAGCAAGUGCGAGAUUGCCAGAUUUUACAAACUACAUGAGAGGAAAUGUGAGCCCAUUGCUAUGACGGUGCCCCGGAAGUCAGACCUGUUCCAAGAGGACCUGUAUCCUGACACAGCUGGUCCAGAUCCUGCCUUGACCUCAGAGGAGUGGCUAGCAGGCAAGAACGCAAGCCCCAUCCUCAUUUCCCUCAAGGAUGGCUACACUCCCCAGAAGAGCCGAGAGUUCAAAGUCAACCAGACUCUCCUGCAGGGGCCCAAGAGAAGUCUUCCACAUGAAAGGACACAGCAAGGGGGUCCAACUUUAGAACAGUUCUCAGAGGACCUGAAACGACUGCAAAUUUCUGUGUCGGAACAGGAGCGACGCAUCUUGGAGCUGGAAAGGAUUGUGAAGGAAUAAUUUCUCUCUUCCCGGUCUGGUACUUCAUGAGUCACAAUCAGAGAUGGUAUUCAGCUGGUUUGGACCGCUCCAGGCGAACCGGUAGCGGAAAUUGUAACUGGUUCAUCGAAUCAGCAAAUACCACCUCUGGCUGGCCCCCGCUUGCUCAGUCACCGCUCAACGAUUCCUCACCCUGCUUGCCCACUUGUCCUGCCCGCUCGCCUCUUGCCCUGUCCCGCCAGUCCUCACUGUGUAUGGGUCCUUGCUUGCGCAUGCGUUGUCUCUGCUAUAAAUUGCCUGCCUAAGCUGCCUUUCCAUGCGGUGCGUGCCUGCUGCGCCCCAACUGAGCAGCCCUGAUCUGCCUCCUUCUGUCUACAGGUAAGCCUGCGAGUUGUGCUAGUCUCUCCCCAUUAACCCCAGAGCUUGCCAUGCCCCCACCCAUCCCUGGGCUCUCCCUGGAGCCUCCAUCUGCUCGCUGCUCGCCUUGGCCAGGGAACACGCUAUUCCCCAGCUCCAGCCUUGCCCUGGACCCUCCGCCUGCUCGCUGCUCACCUCGGCUGGGUCGGGGAAUGUGUCAUUCCCCAGCUCCGGCCUUGCCCUGGGCCUCCGCCUGCAUUCCGCCUGUUCACCUCAGCCUUGCUCACCUUCCAUUCUGAAGGACUGCCUCCAGAAGCCUCCAGCUGCUGGUAGUUUUUGGCUGCCUUCCAAGCAGCUCUGCUGCGACACUGUCCCUCCAGCACAGCAGGCUGUUCUCUGUCGGGUCUGGCUGCGAGCGGUAUUGGCAGGCAAUGGGGUGCACGUGUGUAGCCAACGCAAAGAACAGGGUGGCGACGCCAGGACUUCAUUUCAGACCUCUUUUUCGGCUGUUAGUUUUCGGCACAAGAAGCCUGCAGCCACCACUGCCGGCUUGGUUCCAGCUGGCAAAGAGGGGGUGGUUGGAGACUUCUUGCGCCAAAAACUACCGGCCGAAGAAGAGGCUUGAAGUCCCAUGACUGUCGCCGCCAUCCUGCUCUUCGCGCUGGCCGCACAUGUGCACCCCAUUGCCUGCUGGUACUGCUCGCAGCCAGACCCGGGAGAGAACGGCCUCUGUGCUGGAGGGACAGCGUUGCAGCAGAGCUGCUUGGAAGUUAGACGCUGCAGCCUGUUAAGGUACUUUGAUGCGGUGGGAAGGGGUGACCAUAAAAGGACAGGCCACAGGAGCUGCCUUUUGAGAAGCUCCAUAGUGAAGGGAGGCAGAAAAGUUCAGCCAAGUCUUCUCCUCCUUCUCGGGCAUACACAGAGCAUGCACACAUCUCAUAGCGCCGGGACCUUCUGCGAGUCCCUCUGGCGCAGUGAGAUGUGUGCUUGUUUGCUCUGUGUGUAUGAGGCCGAGAAGGAGGAAAGAAGCAGCCAGGAUGAACGCUAGAAGACUUGGCCAAACUUUUCUGCUGGUUUCUGUGGAUGUGGCUUGGGGGGUGGCAUGGCCAACUCGAUGUCACUCACAGUGAGGUGCCGCCCCAUGACCCCCAAGCCACGCCCACAGAUCCAGUAAUAAAAAAAUUUGAAUACCACCACUGAUCAUAAUGGACUUUGUUUCACUGGCCUUUUAAAGCCCCUUUGAUUUUUUUUAAAAAAAUGGGUGGAUCCUCAGGGCAUUAUUAAGAUUCAUCCACCCUAAGCUCAGGGCAGAAACUCAAGUUUGUCUAUUCCAGACAGAGCCCCUUUUCUGAGUUAACAGACUCCACCUGAAAGAUAUGAAAUAUACUUCUUUGCUUAGUCUUGGUGAAGGCAUUCAGGAUGAUAGCCCACCUAUUUACAACCUGCAGGGUUGUAUCACCCAGGCUUUCAAUUCUGGAUCUUUGCUUUCUAGUUCCUGCUCUGCUUUUCCCCUUAGAAAACAUUUUUUUCCUUCUAGAUUUUUUUUAAAAUGCUGCAUAUCCCCUUACUUAAAAUUUUGCUUUUGAGGGCAUGGUGUGGGGGUGGUUCUUGUUUUAAUAGGGCUACAAUAUUUAACUGAUCGAUUAAGCAUUUGGAUUGACAGGUAUGAAUUUUAAUUAGCUGGUCAGUAACUAACUGUGUGAAAAAUGGUCAUGUCACCUCUUAGCAAAUUGUCUUCCACAAAGAAUUUAACACAAUCUAUUCCAGCAUUUUGUUGAUGCCAAAGGGAAAGGAAGGAAGCAGUUUUCCCCCAUGUCUGAUAUUGAAUGGCUCUCUAUGCCUAACAAAGCUAUUAAAAUCCUGACCGACUUGGAUCACUUUAUCUUCCAUGGAACUGUCUACCCAUCUUCAGAUACCUUUUUUUUCUCACCAAAGUAUUCACCAAUGAUUUGUAGCCAAUCCUUUAAAUGUAAUAGAAUUAAUUAAAUUAACUAAUUAACCCACAAUCCUUUUAAUUUAGAUCACCCUUCUCUUGAUUGUAUGGGGGCCAAUUUGAAUAGCACUGAUCAAUGGUCAGUAGUGGCUUUUUUCUCUAAAAUGAAAUUUGAGUAAGGAGCAGAGUUUUCAUCUCCCACAAAAGAUUUUUUAACAUUGGGAGGAGCCUGGAAGGACCUUUUCCAGGUAACCAUGUUUCAUUAAAAGACAUAAAGCUUUGGUGAGCUACAGCUCACUUUGUAAGAUGUAUAGAGCGUUAGACUCAUUUAAAUUGGAGGGAGAUAGAGGAAGAAGGGUAGAAAAAUCAAGUUGGUUAUGCAGAUAUAGGUGAUAACUAGAGGCUACAAGUACCCUAUCAAUUAACAAUUUCAAUAUGUUAAAAAUCUAUUGCCGAGACCCGAAAUUGCCUGAAUGCUUUAGAAUUUCUCAUUAAAUAGUGCUGAUAAAAAUCCUGGUUUGUUUUUAGGAAAAUAUAUUUUGAGUUCUCUCAUGGUGUCCUGACAGGCCGAAUCCUUGGUAUUACUUUGUCCUUAUUUUGAGUUCUGAUGUCAGUGCCUAUUAAGCUUAUGCUUGUUAAUAAAAUGUAUUGGUUGG